AUGCCUAUGGACGCUUCUCAAUGGAUUGAUGUGACUACCGAGAAAAAUCAUUAUUCUCUUGAUCACUUUGUUAUCCCCACUCACUAUGAAAAGGAUGUCUCUUCUAUCCUUAUCCCUCAUGGUGUUAUCAUGGACCGUGUCAACAAAUUGGCUCGUUUGAUCGUUGAAGAUACCACAGGUCCCUUAGUUGUCUGUUGUAUCUUGAAGGGUGGUCAUCAAUACUUUGCUGAUUUAGUCAAUGCUGUCAAAAAAUUGACUACCAAAGAAGGCAAGACGGUCCCUUUGAGCUUGGAAUUUAUUCGUGUCAAGUCCUACAAAAAUGAUAAGUCUGAAGGUGUGACUAUGUCAAUCACAGAUGAAGAAUGUAAGGAAUUCGAAGGCAAGAAUCUUUUGAUUGUCGAAGACAUCAUUGAUACAGGUGCUACUAUGGUUCAAUUGUUGAAGAAGUUGGAUACAUUUGCUCCCAAGUCCGUCAAGGUUACUAGUUUGUUGCUCAAAAAGACUCCCAAG